CAAGAUCAGAGGUUGAUAUUUUCAAGCUAUAUGUUCUUAUGUGUAUGUUAUGGAAAAUUUACUUCACUUUGUUUUCCCUAAUUGAAGCCAAUAACUGCAGGGAUAAAAGUAUUUAUGACAAUGGAGUAACAUCAAUAUUAACUAAGAAUCAAACUAAGACCGCAGUAAAUGCAAAACAGAAUGGAAAAUCAAUUAACGAAAAGUUACAGCAAAAGCAUCGAAACCGCUGUUGUCCGUAUGAUUUUGAUAGUAGUCUUUGUAAUGUGUUAGACGAUAGAUUGCUCUGUGGAUUUAACAGGAAUGUAGGAAGGCCGAUUAGUAAAGACCGAAAAGUCGACUUGUCUGAUGGUUGUCGUUUGCGUGGUGGCAGAUUGGAAUGUGGAUAUGUUCAUGGACCCUUUAUCAACCAGAGAAGGCCAUCAGCAUUUAAUAAUUUUGUAUCAUCAAAAGAAAAUGACGAUUUACCGUCAGAGAGAGAAAAGGAUACGAAUGUUUACAGCUAUCAAAUAUCUUCCAAGGAGCAACACUUACAAUAUGAGUCCACAACAAAACGCCUGCGAAUGGUGACAAGAUGCGUAGAAAUACGCGAUCGUAUUGUGUGCCGUGACAUGUAAUAAAUAUUAUUUAAAAUAAAAU